CUUCCGUCCAUGCGGAUGCACGGGACACACAAUCUGAUAUCCACACGCCAGCCAGCUGUCUAGCUCUCAGCGACCCACUCCGCCGCCCCAACGCUCCUCCAUGCCUGGCGACAGACAGACAGACAGACAGACAGACAGACGGGCACACACAACAGCACAGUCCGUCGAGGAAGGCCUGCCACCCUGGCUGCGCGUCUGCCUAACUGCUUACUUGGUUGUCUAUUUGUGUGUGUUGUCCUUCUCGCCUCCUCCCUCCUCCGCUACCGCCAUUGCCGCAUCCUCUGCCAAUCCAUCCACACAACCACACAGACACACAGACAGAGGGAGGGAGGGUGGGAGGAGUGUGCCGAAUGUGUGAAGUGCAGACAGAUAUACACACACGGGUGGGUGGGAUGAAUGGUGGGUGGGCACACCGCUCACGAACGAAUGAACCAGUGUUUGCGAUGGCCGAGGCAUCGUCAUCGUCUUCGGUGUCCGUGUCAUGACUCGCGCUGCUGUGGUCAUGUGUGGACACAUUCCCCCCACCGCCCUCCGCCGCCCCGCCACCGGGCGAGCUGCUCGUGUCAUCGUCAUCAUCUAGCCCUAUUAUGAGACCUAGCCAACGGGAGAGCACUGCACACACACACACACACAGACGGACAGACAGACUCAUGGGUCCAUGUGUGCAACACAUUUCGCGCCCUUCUGUCUGUCUGUCUGUCUCUCUGUCUGUCUGUGCCCUCGCUCGUGGGGAUCCGUGCGUACGGACAUGCGUAUGACUGAGGUUGCGUCUGCGCGAGGAGAAGCUCGUCGUCCGCGACACACGCCGGUGGCUCUGUUGUGACAAACACCACCUCAACUGCACACUCUCACACACACAAACAGACAGACAGACAGGCCAAGAGCCAGACAGAGCCAGAAAUAAGAGCAUAGACACACCCGCCCAUCAACCCGCCCACCCACUGACGGACCUUCUUGAUCGUCGAGAGGUCUCUCCCUGACGCCGAAGACCGCGGCGAAGGGGUGGUCCAGCGGCGUCAGCACCGCAUACCGAUGGUACACAUUGGCGGGGUACUCCAGCGCCAUGACGGCCGAGGCGCCUCUGACAAACGGACGGUGCACUGACCGGUCGAGCCGGGCCAUCACGCCAGCAUCUAUCAUAUCGCUGCAGUCAGCCACCCAGACAAUCAGGACAAAGCACCCAUGACCAAGGCAGGCAUCAUUUGCAGCUCCAUCCUUUACCCACACCCGCCCACUGACGGUUCUGAUUCGCGUGACCCAGAGGCGCCCUUGAUUCGGGUCGUGAUGGUGUGCAUGAGGUAGGACGAGAAUGACGCCUCGAUCACGUCUUCGUCCAGAACGUGGUCUUGAGCCUGGAGGAAGACGUUGAUGCGGUGGGCCACGAUGGGGUUGUGCGGGUCGGUGUGCUGCUGGAACCGGUGGUCGGCGGGGAGGGGCGGGGCCAGGCGGAUCUGGAAGGCCUCCUCGUCCUUGAUGGCACGCAGGCCGCAGCUGGCGUCGUCGAAGAGCUCGAACCGGCCCAGCUCGCCAAAGUCGACACGCCUGCCCACCAUCUUCCACAGCGCCACCACACGGGGCUCAGCCAGAAACGCCUGUGGACGCAAUAACCAAUCAAAGAAAUACCUCCCUCCCUCCCUGCCUCCGUCUAUGGUGCAUUGCAGCACCAGAUGACUUACCUGCUUGGUGCGAUGCCUCUGGAGGUCCUCGCGCGUGAUGAUGGCCGGCAGCUGGCAGAAAUCGC